AUGACGUGAAUCAAAAUCAAUGCAAUGCAAAUGUAACUUUUCCUUCGCCGAAGUAACAUACGUCGCGUAAAAUCUAAGGAUAGUUUUUUGCAAACUUCUUGUGUAGUGAAAUUGAGCAAUAUUAAGUGAGUUGGUGGGUGACAAAAACCUCCCUGCUAGAAACAGGGAGUUUCUCCCGAAGUAUUGCUUUUAGUGCCAAAUGGUGCUGUUCCACAAAAAGUGAAUUCGUGCACAAAAUUAUCUUGAAGUCAUCGCUCUGAUUUGUUUAGUGGAGGGAUAAAAAAGUCUCAAAUCCCCGCCGAUAAUGUUGAUGUCAAGCAGAAAAUUAUCUGUGGCGCUGGUGAUUACUCUAAAUUGCUGUGUUUUACUCGCAAAUGGUUUCACAUUACAGCACCCGAAAGGUGUAUCACCUGCUGGGGCCAUAAUCGAGGAUGAAAGCUUCCUGCAGAGUCCUCAUUAUGAGACCAAUGACGAAUUACAGGAUUUGCUGGCACGCCUCCAGAAAAAUCAUCCAUCAUUGGUAAAGGUUCACAAUAUUGGUUUUUCCCAAGAGGAACGUCCACUGUUGGCAAUCGAAAUUCGGCCAAAUAUCGAUCGGCCGCGACAGCUGCUAAUGCCGAUGUUUAAAUAUGUGGCCAACAUGCAUGGUGACGAAACGGUCGGAAGGGAACUGUUAAUUUAUCUGGCUCAGUAUCUGCUCAACAAUUACGAACACGAUCCGGAGAUUGGAGCCCUGAUUAACAGCACCGAUAUCUUUCUGAUGCCCUCAAUGAAUCCGGACGGUUUUCAACGUUCUAAGGAAGGAAACUGUGAAUCCCUUCCGGGAUACGUCGGUCGUCACAAUGCCAUCAGCGUGGAUCUGAACCGUGAUUUUCCGGACCGAUUCGAUGAUGAUCACAUACGUCACCAGCGGCGGAAUCGACGCCAACCGGAAACCGUUGCCGUAAUGAACUGGAUUCUGAAAAACCCAUUCGUGCUGUCGGCCAAUCUGCACGGAGGUGCUGUCGUAGCCAGCUAUCCGUACGAUAAUUCCAUUAACCAUCAUGAUUGCUGUGAAGACAGUCCAACACCGGACAAUCACUUCUUUAAGUACGCAGCUCUAAUGUACGCUGAAAACCAUCCAGUGAUGAAACACGGCCAAGACUGCAACGAAACAUUCCAGCAUGGUAUUACGAAUGGAGCGUAUUGGUACGAGCUGAACGGUGGCAUGCAAGACUUCAACUAUGUCUUUAGUAAUUGCUUCGAAAUUACCCUAGAACUUAGCUGUUGCAAAUAUCCGAAGGCCAGCGAAAUGCCUCUGGAAUGGCAGAAGAACAAGAGGUCGCUUAUUGAGUACAUAAAGUUGGUGAAUGUUGGUGUGAGGGGUCUUGUAACAGAUAGCAGUGGAUUUCCCAUAAAGGAUGCGGACGUAAUUGUUGACGGAAUCAACCAGAAUAUUCGCACUACAGAGCGAGGAGAGUACUGGCGUUUGUUGGUUCCCGGCAAUUACAGGAUUCGAGUAGAAGCCGUUGGAUUCUAUCCGAGUCAGGAAGUACCAAUCACAAUCACCGCCGAGCAACCAUUGCGUGUCAAUUUCAGUCUCAAAUCGUACAACGCCGAUGAAGUUUCAGAUAAAACCAAGCAUCCUCGGGUGAUCCGCCAGCAACCCGACCAGUACGGAUUUCUAAUGACGCCAAAGUUUGAACAUCAUAACUUUUUAGCGAUGGAAAGCUUCAUCAAUGACUUAGCAGGAAAUUACCCGUCCAUAACUCGAUUGUACUCGAUCGGAAAAAGCGUUCAACAACGAAACCUUUGGGUGAUGGAAAUUACCCGUAACCCCGGUAAGCACGUUCCAGAAAAACCUGAAGUUAAGUACAUUGCCAAUAUGCACGGUAACGAGGUAGUAGGUCGAGAGUUGCUACUCCUGUUUGCCAAAUACCUAUGCGAGAACUAUAACAAAAGCGAAAGAGUCACCAAACUGGUCAACAAUACCCGGCUACACGUACUGUUUAGUAUGAAUCCCGAUGGAUAUGAGAUUUCCGAGCAUGAAGACAAAGAUAACCUCAAAGGACGAGCAAACGCCAACGGAGUCGACUUGAAUCGAAAUUUCCCGGACCAGUUCGGUCGGAAUCGGUACAAUGCUCAUCCAGAACCUGAAACUCAAGCCGUCAUGAACUGGUCACUGUCAAUACCGUUUGUUCUGUCGGCGAAUUUGCACGGUGGAGCUCUGGUGGCCAAUUAUCCGUUCGACGACUCACCGAAGGAUUUCGCUGAUAGCAAUGAUUACAGCAACCCACGGACAGUAAACAAUCCGACCGAGGAAAAUGAAAUGUUCCAGUAUCUGGCACAUACGUAUUCAAAUGCACACACCACCAUGCAUCUUGGUAAACCAUGUUCGACUUUCAUGCAGGAGCGCUUUCCAGAAGGGAUAACCAACGGUGCAGCAUGGUAUUCGGUGACCGGUGGAAUGCAAGACUGGUCCUACGUUGUAGGUGGUGCAUAUGAACUGACGCUGGAAGUAGGCUGCGAGAAGUUUCCGAAAGCGGAAGAUUUACCCCAGUACUGGCUUCAAAAUCGUGAAGCACUGAUGAAAUACGUUGAACAGGCACAACACGGAAUAACCGGAACAGUUAAAAGCACGAUUGGGCACGCCAUUCCGCAUGCAUCUGUUCAGCUGAAUAGCAUACAACAUGUAACUUUCACCACAGAAGAUGGCAGUUAUUAUAAGAUGGUGCUCCCUGGACUGUAUAAUGUUACCGCUGAGGCUGCCGGUUACGAACCUCAAACCGUACAGGUUCAGAUCCCACCUGAGGCCACAGACCCGAUUUUGGUUGAUUUCCUUCUGAUGCGAGAUGACCCGCAACAUUGGUCAUCGGCGUACGACUACCGUGUACUGGAAAAUGUUGUGAAUACUCGGUACCAUAGCGAUAUUGAGCUAAGAGCAAUUAUGAGUGAGUUCGAAAAUACAAACUACAAAACGGCUUCGCUAGAAUACGCAGAUAAUGAAGUAUCAAUGGUGUAUCCAUCGGUCAAAAUUACUGACAGUAUUGGCACUCCGGAAGAAACGAAACUGCACAUCUUGAUCCUGUCGUCACUGUUUCAAAGUAACACAAUUGGUCGGGAAAUGGUUAUCAACUUAGCUCGUCACGUACUGGCAGGGUACAAAAUUCCCGAACCGGGUUUAUUAAAAUUGCUGAAAAACGUCGUGCUCCAUUUUGUCCCCGUUAAAUUGGACUCCGAUCAUCUUCUGGAACAGUUUCGUGCCAAUAGCAGCCUAUGUGAUCCGACAGUGAAAGAGGAACUUGGCGAUAAACUGCUGAGUGCAGAAACAGACCAUGAAAAGGAUAUGUUGUUGCGAAUGUUUCAAGACGAGGAAUAUGAUCUGGCUUUGAACUUUGCCGCUGGAGGAAAUGACGUUUUCUAUCCCAACACAGCCGAUAAAAUCGCUAUCUAUUCACGGUUUGCGGAAAAAAUAAAGGGGCAUAAGUACACGGCCGUGAGUAACGAACAGUGUCCAGAGAACACUAUUCGACAUAACCAAGCGGACGCUAUCCAACGAUUGACAAAUCAACUUCAUAACCUUUACAAGGUGCCACUUUUCACAAUUCAAUUGGGUUGCUGCAAGAUGCCACAGCAGCAGGAUAUAGCCGUUGUGUGGCGUCAGAAUCUGGAACGAAUGACGAAUUUCCUUCAACUGAUUGAUACUGGCAUUAAGGGUUAUGUUCGAGACCUACGCGGAAAUCCCAUUCGAAAAGCAAUCUUGAAAGUACGUGGAAAUAAUUUGAUUUACAAGGUUACACCCAAUUUGGCACACUUCCGAGUAGUACUCCCAUCUGGUUCAAUGGAAAUUGAGUUUAGUUGUGUGAAUUAUACAUCACGUAUUCUACCCAUCACGCUGAACCAAAAUCAAAUUCUCGAUAUGGGUGAUAUUAUCAUGGAAGAAACAAGUCGGCGAGAGGCAGGAAUAGGAUCGAUUCAACCAUUAUUUCCCACUGGAAAGCCAGCUUUAUAUAAUGGAAGCUUCGCAGUGAUGGCGGCACCCAAUAGAAUGAAAAUAUUUCCAACUGAUGGCGGAGUCGAGCUGCAGGGCAGAAUUUCCGGUCUAGUUCUUGACGAGUUUAAUCAUCCUCUGCCUAAUUCAAAAGUUUACAUACAGAAUGCAGUAUUCAAUUUAACUAGGUUUACGGACUCAAUCGGCAAGUUUCAGUUAGAUGGCAUCCAACAGAAGGAUCUAGUACUACACGUACAAUCCGCAGGGUUCACUUCAGACGAACGGACUCUCCACAUAGGCUCAUCGGGUGAGCUGCCUGGUGUGAUAUUUCAUCUAAAGCGAGACGAGCGAGUCUUGGGCAUCCCGAGACUGCUGUUCGUUAUCCUCGCCGGCUGUGCCUCCGUUGCCAUAAUCGCUUGCGGUGUGAUGUGCUUUACGUAUAUACAAAACCGUCGACGAAAUUCCCGCUAUUAUUAUAACUUUUCCAUGCUACCACAGAAAGGUGAGCAAACUAAAAGACUCUUCGACGAUGAUGAGGAUGGCGAAACGGAACUUUAUCGAGCACCAACGAAAAAGCUUCAACCGUACUAUGAUGACGAACGCGAACCGCUUUCUGAUACUGAAGAUGAUAGCGAAGAGGAAAUUGUGAUGUUAAACUCCAAGUUUCGAAACUAGGUACUAUUAGGCUACCACAAAACAGCAGGUGAACCCAAUCAAUAAUUUAUUUCGCUCUAGUUGCAUAUCUAAUGGAAAAAAAUUUCCAAAGCUUUCUACAUUCCGAUAUUUUUACUGACUGCGUACUCGUCGAAAGUCAAUUAAAGCAUCAAAUCGUUGAAUCUAUCUCUAAUUUUUUAUAUGUUCUUUAUAUGCAAAUGCAGGUUCUAAAACACGCAAGUGCAGUGAAAAUAAAUGUGAUAAAUUCCAUGAAACAAAACAAUUGCACAUUUUUGACAAACGCAGCUCGUCGUGGAGCAAAACAUAAGAUAUAUGAUGAUCUGUUAAGUUAAUGUUGAUGUUAUUAGGCUGAAAUUCUACCAAGUUUGGAUGGUAGUAUCGAAAUACUAAAUAGAUACUUUCUAUUUUACGGUGAACCAGUAAUCCAUAAAUGAGUGAUGAUAAACUAUUGUAGAACUAUUGUAAUGAUAAUAUAGUUAUGCUAGACGAUAUAGGUAGCUAAUAAAAAUCACUACAGAUAAAUGUUAUGGAUCAUCUACGCGCUUGUGGAAUAGAGAGAAUGAGUGAAAUAUGCCUAGUUAGAAGGUGCAUCCAAACUGGGUGGAUUUUAGCGGAAAAUGAAUAAAGUGAU